AUGGACGCCGAGCUUGAGCGUAUCAGCAACUUGCCACAGAAGGACAAGUCGCAAGCGUACCUCUCGCUGCUCGACCAGAUCCUCGCUAGUUCAGGCUCGCUCCCCGCCGACCUCUCGCAGUGGCUCUCCGUCGUCGUCGGAUCCGACUUCCCUCAGAUCGUUGCAAGGCAGGUCCUGGAUGGCUACGUCGCCAAGCUGCCUGAGAUCACGGAUAGGGAGGCGAGGAAGGAGGUCUUGAACAGGAGCGUGCAGCUGUUGCAGCCGAGGGUCACGUCGUUCGAGGAGCAGCUCUGCAGGUUGCGCGAGCAGUACGCGGACUUGCUCGAGCAGGACGAGGAGUUUCCUGAGGCGGCGAAGGUCUUGAUCGGUAUUCCUCUCGAGUCUGGCAGUCGGCCCGACGACUACAAGCUGAGGGUCUACAUCCGCAUCGUCCGCCUGUUCCUCGAGGAAGAAGACUCGACUUCGGCCGACACCUACUUCAACCGCGCCUCGCUUCUCGCACACUGCGCCAAGGACCUCGAGACGCAACUGCAGUUCAAGUUGUGCCAGGCGCGGAUGUUCGACUACAGCAGGAGGUUCGCCGAGGCGUCGAGCAAGUAUCACGAGCUCAGCUAUGUCACUGCGCUGGCUGAGGAGGAGAGGCUGCAAGCACUCGGUGCCGCCAUCAUCUGCGCCGUCCUCGCCCCCGCCGGCCCUGUUCGCUCCCGCCUCCUCGCCUCCCUCUACCGCGACGAGCGCGCCGCACAGUCCGAGUUCUACCCCAUCCUGUCGAAGAUGUUCCUCGAUCAGAUGAUCCGCCCCGCCGAAGUUGCCGCCUUCGCCUCAAAGCUGCAAACGCACCAGCUCGCCAAACUUCCGCCAACCCAGGCCGUCGUCAUCGCCGACGAUGCCGAGCUCGAGACGGGCAAGAAAGGCCCCGAGACGGUCCUCGACCGCGCCAUGAUGGAGCACAACGUCCUCGCCGCCUCGCGGGUCUACAACAACAUUACCUUCGGUGGACUGGGUCUUCUCCUCGGCUUGCGGUCCUCAGCGGCAGAGGCGAUGGCGCGCACGAUGAUCCAGCAAAAGCGUCUCAAGGCGACCCUCGACCAGAUCGACGGCCUCAUCCUCUUCGACGUCGGUACGCGCGAGGGCGGCGACGCAGCUGUCUCGAACGUCGCUGCGCAGGCAGCAGCCGGCGACGACGGCGCAGACACGGCGGAAGAGGCGGGCAACGCGCCUGCGACGAAGCGCUGGGAUAUGCAGAUCAGGCAGACUCUGCAGCUCGCAGAGUCUAUCGCAGCGAGGUGCGAGGUUUUGCUGGCGGAAGGAGCGUCCAGCACGGCUUCCGCUCCUGUCGCUGCCUCCGCAUGA